AUGAAUGAAACAAAAUUAAAUCCCGCACCACUAUUGUAUCUCCUCAUGAGGCAAUCACAUACGCAGCCACAAGCCCCUCGAGUUAGUCUAGUGGAUCGGAAUCAAAAAUUCAACUUUAUGAGCUCAUGCGCUCUUCCUUAUUAUGACAAAGUGACUGGUAAAGUUGAACGUGGAAUCUCGUUUGCGGGUUGCCAACUGGCUAUUGAAAAGAAUAUCGUCACCACCGCAAGCACAAAAUUCAUAUUUGACGCCCGAGACAAGGUUUAUGCCCGGGAUGGCUUUUUGGACCACUUUAAAUGGUGUGAACAGGCACAAAUCUUGUGGAAGUCAAGCGCUGAAGGUGCAAAAAAGCCAACUGAGAUACCUUUAUUCGCUUUGAUGGAGGGUCAUUUCCAGAGCAGAGAAUGA